AUGUCAGACCCACAGCCGUCAGAGACAUUGUUCGUGUCGGGGUUGCCCAUCGACUCCACGAUUGAGCAGGUCCAGGCCAUCUUUCAUCAGUAUGGAACCGUGAAGGAGGUCAAGGUUCUACCAGUCAGCCCCGGAAAGACCGCUGCGGCGGCAUUUGUGACCAUGGGGAGCCAGGAGGAUGCUACCUGGGUUGUGAAGAAUGUGAAUGGUCAGGUCCCGCAGAACCUGAGCAAUCCGGUUACCAUCAACUACGCCACCCCCAAGUCUAAGGGAAAGAGCAAGGGUGGCAAAGGCAUGAUGAUGGACUUCAUGCAGAUGAUGAUGGGCGGGGGCGGGUACGACAGCCAGUGGGGCAAGGGGGGCUGGGAUAAGGGCGGUGGUUGGGACAAGGGUGGCGGUGGCGGCUACGGAAAGGGCGGCGGCUGGGACAAGGGUGGAGGCUGGGGAAAAGAUGGCGGCGGUAAGAGUGGCGGCUGGCAGAAGGGUGGCUGGGAAAGCAACAGCUGGGACAACAGUGGUGGUUGGGGCAAGGGCAAGAGCCAGGGCAAAAGUUCCUACGACCCUGUUGCAAGCUUUGCAAAGGCCUCCUGGGAUGCCAAGGGCGGCAAAGGGGGUGGAGGGGAUGCCUGGACCGUCACCAAGGCUGGACCUAUGGGUGCCAACAUGCGCUAG